AUGUCUUCAUACUUCGCAUCCCUCACGUCAUCCACGACAAUAUCCAGCCUUGGGACACGUCUCAACAGUCUGCGUCGCGCCAUCACAUCUGGGGAGGAACGUGAUGACCCGGAGAACGAAGAUUGCUCACACAUCUCGAACGUUUUGAGAGCAUACUAUACGGAAAAAGGACUACCAUUUCCGCAAUGGCUUCCUCCAGAUCCGAAAACACCAGUCCCACAACCCCGCAUGAUUGCUACUCAAGCGUCGCUCCAGCAAAGCAACAAUCCUUACGGCUCCGUGCCAGGACAGCCCACGUCACGCGGCGGUGGUCUGGGGGAUCUAUGGGGUGAUGGUCCCUCACAACCACCGCCAACACAAACAGCCAGUCUACGAAACCGUCCUGCCCGCACACCCCCUAUUUCUCGACGACCGCUCCCGAGUCAGCGCGCAGGGUCAUAUCAAACGACGUCAUCGUCCCAUUCAAGCCUAGGGCUGGAGAGAGGCAAUUCUGGCGGCAGCUCAGCACAGGAGAGGCUACGAGCUCGUUUCCACGGUGGCUCGGGGGCGAGUAGCCCGAGCCCUCCGCCUCAGGCACAAUCACAAGCGUAUGAAGGCGGAUAUGCGCGUGGUCAAAACAGUGGAGGUGGAGGAGGAUACAAACGGCCAGGGUUGCCAAACAACCCAAGGGCAGGAGGGUAUCGAUAA